CAGUCCUCCUCCUCUUCUUCCUACCCAGUCCUCUGCGCUUCCUUCAACCAAGACUCCAGUUGCUUUGCCAUAGGCACAAAGCAUGGCUUCAGAGUCUUCGAUUCCAAUACAGGCAGACUCUGCUAUGAACGAGCUAUUGGAGCUUUCGUUAUUGUUGAAAUGCUGUUUUGCUCUAGUCUUCUUGCCAUUGUUGGAGCUGGUGAAGAGCCAUCUUUAUCGCCGCGCCGUCUCUGUUUGUUCAAUAAAACAACUGGAACUGCUCUCCGUGAAUUGAAUUUUUUAACUUCAAUACUUGCCGUUCGUAUGAAUAGGAAAAGACUUGUUGUCAUCUUACAAGACAAAACAUAUGUAUAUGACAUAAAUAGUCUUGCAAUCUUGGACACUAUUGAUACUGUAUCAAAUUUAAAAGGGCUUUGCGCAUUCUCCCCAAGUUUGGAUGGAUGUUUCUUGGCUAUACCUGCCAGCAUCUCCAAAGGAUCCGUGUUGUUGUACAAUGUUAUGGACCUGCAUUUACAUUGUGAGAUUGAUGCUCAUAGAGCCCCACUUGCUGCAAUUGCACUUUCUUCCAAUGGGAUGUACAUAGCAACAGCAUCCGAACAGGGAACCAUUAUCAGAGUCCAUCUAGUCUCAGAAGCAACAAAGUCAUAUAGCUUCCGGAGAGGGACAUAUCCAUCAACUAUAUUCUCCUUAUCAUUUGCGCCAUCUACGCAACUGCCAGAUGUUCUCGUGUGCACAAGUUCAUCAGGGUCUGUUCAUGCUUUCUCGCUUGGGUUUUCUGGUUACCAGAGGAGCAAAAGAUCGGGAAGUUUUCUUGGAUCAAUUAUACCCGACUCUGUUACUGAUGCACUAGAUCCAGCAUAUCACGAUGUACUUCAUAAUGUUGCACCUGUAGGGGUUAAAAGCUAUGCAGUGAUUCGUAAGAUUGAGAAGGUUGCUGAUGCAUCAACUUCAGAUAUCGUGGCAUGUCGGGCCACUAUUUCUAUUAUCAGCUACAGCGGGUACUUCCAGGAGUACAACUUAAGCAUCAACAAUCAAAAUGAGUUCUUGUGGAGUUUGGAGCGUGAAUUUAAGCUACUGAAUGUCAUUUUAGAUGAUGCCAUCAGCUUGUAACAAAGCAUGUUGAUUACAAAUUAAGGUUGAGAGAUUGUCAUCUGAUACUCUGAUAAACGUAAUGAUACUAACACAAUAUUAGCAUAUACAAUUUGUGUCACUGUAUAUAAGCAGUGGUAAUAGUUUUGGCCUUUCCAAAGACAAUGUAGCUGUGAAUUGACAGACUUAUCACUAAUUCAAAAAAUCAAGUUGCCUGGUUGGCCUGGAUUGUUGUGGUGAUUU